UACUCCAAUAAAGCCAUGUAUAUCCGAGUAUCCUAUGACACCAAGCCAGAUUCACUGCUUCAUCUUAUGGUGAAAGACUGGCAGCUGGAACUCCCCAAGCUCUUAAUAUCUGUGCAUGGAGGCCUCCAGAACUUUGAGAUGCAACCCAAGCUGAAACAGGUCUUUGGGAAAGGUCUGAUCAAGGCCGCCAUGACCACUGGGGCCUGGAUCUUCACUGGGGGCGUCAGUACCGGUGUUAUCAGCCAUGUAGGGGAUGCCUUAAAAGACCACUCCUCCAAGUCCAGAGGCCGGGUUUGUGCUAUAGGAAUCGCUCCAUGGGGCAUCGUGGAAAAUAAGGAAGACCUGGUUGGAAAGGAUGUAACGAGAGUGUACCAGACCAUGUCCAACCCUCUCAGCAAGCUCUCAUUGCUCAACAACUCGCACACUCACUUCAUCUUGGCUGACAACGGCACCCUGGGCAAAUAUGGUGCCGAGGUGAAGCUGCGGAGGCAGCUGGAGAAGCACAUCUCUCUGCAGAAGAUUAACACAAGAUUGGGGCAGGGUGUGCCCCUCGUGGGCCUGGUGGUAGAAGGAGGCCCUAACGUGGUUUCCAUUGUCUUGGAAUAUCUCCGAGAAGACCCUCCAGUCCCCGUGGUCAUUUGUGAUGGCAGUGGACGAGCGUCGGACAUUCUGUCUUUUGCACACAAGUACUGUGAAGACGGAGGGGUAAUAAAUGAAUCCCUCAAGGAUCAGCUUCUAGUUACCAUUCAGAAAACAUUUAAUUACAACAAGACACAAUCGCAUCAGCUGUUUGCAAUUAUAAUGGAGUGCAUGAAAAAAAAAGAACUCGUCACCGUGUUUAGAAUGGGUGCCGAGGGUCAGCAAGACAUCGAGAUGGCAAUUUUAACUGCCCUGUUGAAAGGAACCAACGCUUCCGCCCCAGACCAGCUGAGCUUGGCACUGGCUUGGAACCGUGUGGACAUAGCACGAAGUCAGAUCUUUGUGUUUGGGCCCCGCUGGCCGCCCCUGGGAAGCCUGGCCCCCCCUACAGAUAACAAGGUCACGGAGAAGGAAAAGAAGCCACCCACAGCAACCACCAAGGGGGGAAGAGGGAAAGGAAAGGGCAAGAAGAAAGGGAAAGUGAAAGAGGAGGCGGAGGAGGAAACUGACCCCCGGAAGAUCGAGCUGUUCAACUGGGUGAACGCUCUGGAACAAGCCAUGCUGGAUGCUCUGGUCUUAGAUCGAGUGGACUUCGUGAAGCUCCUGAUUGAAAACGGAGUGAACAUGCAGCACUUUCUCACCAUCCCGAGGCUGGAAGAGCUUUACAACACGAGGCUGGGUCCACCGAACACACUUCAUUUGCUGGUGAGGGAUGUAAAAAAGGGCAACCUGCCACCUGAUUACCACAUCAGCCUCAUCGACAUAGGGCUUGUGCUGGAGUAUCUCAUGGGCGGGGCAUACCGCUGCAAUUAUACCCGGAAGAGCUUUCGGACCCUUUACAACAACUUGUUUGGACCUAAGAGGCCUAAAGCUCUUAAACUUCUAGGAAUGGAAGAUGACGAGCCUCCAGCCAAAGGGAAGAAGAAGAAAAAGAAGAAGAAGGAGGAAGAGAUUGACAUUGACGUGGAUGACCCUGCCGUGAGUCGGUUCCAGUACCCCUUCCACGAGCUGAUGGUGUGGGCCGUGCUGAUGAAGCGUCAGAAAAUGGCGGUCUUCCUCUGGCAGCGAGGCGAGGAGAGCAUGGCCAAGGCCCUUGUGGCCUGUAAGCUGUACAAGUCAAUGGCCCACGAGUCCUCCGAGAGCGAGCUGGUGGACGAUAUCUCCCAGGAUCUGGACAACAACUCAAAAGACUUUGGCCAGCUUGCAGUGGAGUUGUUAGACCAGUCCUAUAAGCAUGACGAGCAGAUCGCCAUGAAACUGCUGACCUACGAGCUCAAGAACUGGAGCAACUCCACCUGCCUGAAGCUGGCGGUGGCGGCCAAACAUCGGGACUUCAUCGCUCACACCUGUAGCCAGAUGCUGCUGACCGACAUGUGGAUGGGAAGGCUGCGGAUGAGGAAAAAUCCCGGCCUGAAAGUUAUAAUGGGGAUUCUUUUUCCCCCUACCAUCUUGUUUUUGGAGUUUCGCACAUAUGAUGACUUCUCGUAUCAGACAUCCAAGGAGAACGAAGACGGCAAAGAGAAAGAAGAGGAUAAUAUGGAUGCGAAUGCAGACACUGGUUCAAAAAAGGGUGAUGAGGAAAAUGAGCACAAAAAGCAAAAAAGCAUCCCCAUAGGAACAAAGAUCUGUGAAUUCUAUAAUGCUCCCAUUGUCAAGUUCUGGUUCUAUACGAUAUCAUACUUGGGCUACCUACUGCUAUUCAACUAUGUCAUCCUGGUGCGGAUGGAACGCUGGCCCUGUCUCCAGGAGUGGAUUGUCAUCUCCUACAUCGUGAGCCUAGCAUUAGAGAAAAUACGAGAGAUCCUCAUGUCAGAGCCAGGCAAACUCAGCCAGAAAAUAAAAGUUUGGCUUCAGGAGUACUGGAAUAUCACGGAUCUCGUGGCCAUUUCCACGUUCAUGAUUGGAGCAAUCCUUCGCCUACAGAAGCAGCCAUAUAUGGGCUAUGGCCGAGUGAUCUACUGUGUGGAUAUCAUCUUCUGGUACAUCCGUGUCCUGGACAUCUUUGGUGUCAACAAGUAUCUGGGGCCCUAUGUGAUGAUGAUUGGAAAGAUGAUGAUUGACAUGCUGUAUUUUGUGGUCAUCAUGCUGGUUGUGCUGAUGAGUUUUGGAGUAGCCCGUCAAGCCAUUUUGCACCCAGAUGAGGAGCCUUCCUGGAAAUUGGCCCGAAACAUCUUCUACAUGCCCUACUGGAUGAUCUAUGGAGAGGUGUUUGCAGACCAGAUAGACCUCUACGCCAUGGAAAUUAAUCCUCCUUGUGGUGACAACCAGUAUGAUGAGGAAGGCAAGCGGCUCCCUCCUUGUAUCCCGGGUGCCUGGCUCACACCGGCCAUCAUGGCGUGUUACCUACUGGUGGCCAACAUCCUGCUGGUGAACUUGCUUAUUGCAGUUUUCAACAAUACUUUCUUUGAAGUCAAGUCCAUAUCCAACCAGGUGUGGAAAUUCCAGCGAUAUCAGCUGAUAAUGACAUUUCAUGACCGGCCAGUCCUACCUCCACCAAUGAUCAUUUUAAGCCACAUCUAUAUAAUCAUCAUGCGUCUCAGUGGCCGCUGUAGGAAGAAAAGAGAGGGGGACCAAGAUGAACAGGAUCGUGGGUUGAAGCUGUUUCUCAGCGACGAGGAGCUGAAGAGGCUGCACGAGUUCGAGGAGCAGUGUGUCCAGGAGCACUUCCAGGAGAAGGAGGACGAGCAGCAGUCGUCCAGCGACGAGCGCAUCCGCGUCACUUGUGAGAGAGUCGAAAACAUGUCAAUGAGAUUGGAAGAAAUCAACGAAAGAGAAAAUUUUAUGAAAACUUCCCUACAGACUGUUGACCUUCGGCUUUCUCAGCUGGAAGAACUGUCUAGCAGAAUGGUGAAUGCUCUUGAAAAUCUCGCAGGAAUUGACAAGUCCGACCUGAUACAGACCCGGUCCCGAGCUUCUUCCGAAUGUGAUGCGACUUAUCUUCUAAGACAAGGCAGUAUCAACAGCGCCGAUGGCUACAGCAUGUAUAGAUACCAUUUCAAUGGUGAGGAGUUGAUGUAUGAGGAUGCUUCUCUCUCCAUGCCACCAGGGACAGGAUUCAGGAAGAAAGCCUGUUCCUUCCGAAUGAAGGAAGAGAAGGAGUCAAAAAUGCAUCUGGUACCAGAGCGUCAAGGCAGCCUUCACCUUUUAUCCAGCACAAGCCCGCCAGCAACACCAGACUGUGGUCAACUUGCGUUAGACAACGUCAAGAACUCUUCAGAGCUGAAAUUAGGUCCAGAUACUGGGAUCGCAGCCGAAGAUGAUCGAAGGCAGGCCGACUCUGAAAGGGAAGAAACUGUUCCCCCAAGUGUAAAUCAGCCAGAUGUUAUGCAUGGACAGAACAAAUCAGAUUUUCAAAAUCCUCAGCUCACAGUGGAAACAACCCAGAUAGAAGGCACAAUUUCCUAUCCCCUGGAAGAAGCAAAGCUGAUGCGUUAUCACCCUGAGGAAAUGUUCAGUACUUAUAAAACAACGAAGUCCAGAAGCUUUGUGUAUUCCCGUGGACGGCAGCCGGUCAGCGGGGUGAACACCUGCAGCACAGAGUACAGUUCAAUCAUGGACCCAGCACGCCCCUCGACACUUCAACAGUGGACGACAGAGUGGAAAUACCAAGUUCGAAAGAUCACACGUUCUCGCAGUACCGACAUCCCUUACAUUGUGUCGGAAGCGGCCAGGCAAGCCGAGCAUACAGAACAAUUUGCAGACACCGGAGAUGAGAACUGUGUGUCUGAAACAGCCCCUCAGAUCUCUCAUUUAUCUCUAGCCGUCCCUGACAGAACCAAAAAGGAAAACUUACUGUCUGUGAAACCAGACCCAACUCUGGGGUUCCCAUCUUUAAGGUCAAAAAGUUUACACGGCCACCCUAGGAAAGCUAAAGCCGGUCAGGACAAACUAGACAGACCUGGACAUACCAGCAGUGUAAGUAACUUGGCAGUUGUGUCUGGGAUUACAACAGAAGAACAGAAGGCCAGGCAAGAGAAAACUUCCACAGAAACUGCAUGUUGUCAUGUUCCGCCUCUUUGAUCUUUACA